UUAGUAUGUUUUUUAUUCUUGGCCAGCAUGGAGCUGCCUUGCGGUCGCCGGUUUGUCGUUUAAAAAGAGAGAGAGGAAGGCUAGCUGAGAGAGACUCUCCGCCAGACUUUUAUGUUGAUGGUUGUUCUUGUUGGCUUUGUCGUUGUCGCAAUCGCAGCCGUUUUUAGACUCCGGCCAGCGUCGUUGUCAAUUUUGGGUUUCGAUUGUUGUCGGAUUGGAUUUGUGAGUCGGCGCUCGGCGAGUGUGCGUGCAUUGCCCAAAAGCGAACGGCGAUCGCUUCACAUAUUUGUUUACUUAAUUAUCGAGUUGCUCGGAUAGUGACGUCAGGCCCAGCUAGUGACGAGCGAAUCAACCAUGGCUUUGCGUUGGUUCUUCCCUCUCGGCUUCUGGCUCUUCCUGGGCGUGCAAUCGCUGGAAAUUGCCAGCAUUGACCAUCCCUGCGCCUAUGCGGAUACGGUCAACAUCACGGAUGGACUGCGGAUGAAGGAUGGGUCUUACUCCUACGGCGGCGUAGUGGUUCCGCCGCAUCUCAUGGCGGAGUACUCCUUCAAGGUGAUCGACGGGGUGGAGUACAGGGCCAAGAAGCACCUGCGCGGCUGCGUCUGCCUCCUGAAGCCAUGCAUUAGCUUCUGUUGUCCCGGACACCUGAUAUUCGACUCCAAGCACUGGAACUGCUCAAUGCCACACCAAGUGCGGGAAUCCACUCACGUGGAUCUGACCUACGCCAACAGGUCGGUGGAGCAAGUGCGCAUCAUUGAUAGGUUUGUGGUGCGCACCGAACUCGGCUGCCGGAACAAGUUCGUUGACAAGAAGCACGAGAACUUCUGGCAGUGGGACCUCUUUGAGAAUGGAUCGCUGCAAAGGGACCAGCGCUUGUGGUCCACGGAUGAGUACUGCUUUAGCCCCCUGGAGCACAAGCCCGAGCAGUGGGAACUCACUCCGCUGAGCUGCGAACGCUUCCAAACGGGCUACCGGGUCUGGAUCUACGCCAUCUGCAGUAUUCUAGCCAUCAUCAUAAACAUUUUCAUACUCUCCCUCCUGGCUUCUGUGCGGGAUGCCAGGAAGAGCCACUAUGGCCAGCUUAUCAUCUACUACCUGCUCUCCAUGAUCGUGGGCUACUCCUUGCUGGUCUACUUGGCCCUGAAGAAUCCCAUGAAGCUCUCGCACGAUGCCUGCCGGAAUAUAGGUUUCCUGGCCUACUUCUGCAUCAUGCUCUCCUUCGUCUUUCUGGCCAUUUGCAGUUUCGACUUUCUGCUGAAACUCAAACAGAAGGCGGUUAGGAACUGGGUGCGUCGGCUGGCUUACUUCUUGGCCGUCCUGGCAGUGGUUGGGCUUCGGUUUUUAGUGUCCUUCGCCCAGGACUCCAAGUUGCCCAAGCACUACAAGCCAGGCAUGGGCGAGGAUUACUGCUGGUUCGAUGUUCGUACGUGGGGCAUUUUGAUCUAUUACUACGGACCCAUUACCCUGCUGCUGGUCUUCAGCAUCGUCUGCUGCCUGAAGGCCUACUUCUCCAUCUACGAACUCCCUCCGGACACUCAGUACAUUCUCGGCACUCAACUGAAGAUCGUCAAGACUCAUUUCUAUGCCUUCAGUGCCUACAUUGUGGGCGUGUUCGCUGUCUGGAUCCGGGAGAUAGUGGUCUACAUAAUGGCCAGGGUGAGGGAGCACUUCUUCAUCAUCGACUUCUGGAGCGGCAUUUGCAUCCUGGGUCUGGCCAUAGCUGGUUUCAUUCUGCUCCUUGGCAAGAACUUGUACGUGAAAUCCUGGUGGGCCAUCAAUGUCGAAUCCAGUCAGACUGAUCUGAGUGUCAUCAAUGCUCGCGUCUACAAGUUCGACGAGAAAGGCGACUUGAAAUCUUCAGAUUCUCCAUAUAAGCCGACAGUGACAUCACUCUAGUUGGAUCUUAAACGGUUGCUCAUCUAUUCGCUUAGCUUAUAAAUCAUUCAGUCUGACGCACCCAAAACGUGUAAAUACAACGAGUGCUGCAGUGUACUAGCCCUAAGAAAAUGGUUAAAUAAAACUUCUUUACUCUAAGACAA